GAAAGGGGAAAGGGGACACAGUCCACUGUUAAAGAAAAGAGAAAGAAACGGGAAAAGAGGAAAUAUAGGCGUAUCGAUAUUGUUACCUUAAACGUAUACAUAAUGUAUCGAAAUCAGAAGAUAUAUGAACUCGUGAACGAUAUUUUAUAGAUGGGAGUUUCACCCAGCAGCUACCAUUGGAUUAAACGGAGAAUAAACCUAUUCCGGGAUUGACGGCAUAAGGAAAUUAUAACGAUAACUGAAGGUGAAUUCCUCUUUCGCCUGGGAAAGAAUGGCACAGAUCGGGAAGGCAGGAUGUGAUGCCGUUCGACCAAACUCACGGGUGGAAAUCCGAGUACCCCAGGUGUCCGUGAGGCAAGAGAUUCUGACCAGUUUGGUCUCUGCACUGGACUCUGUGUGCACGGCCAUGUCCAAGCUGAAUGCGGAGGUGGCUUGUGUCACAGUCCAUGAGGACAGUGUAAUUGCCUUGGGGACAGAAAAAGGACGAGUCUUCCUGAACUCCAGGAAGGAAAUUCAGACUGACUUUCAGAAAUUCUGCCGAGUGCCCUGUCUGCAAGCUCUGGCCACCGUUAACUCCCACAGUAAAGCCCGAGAGGGAGAGUCCAGCAGUGCACUGAAAGAUGCCGGGCAAGGGAAACAGCGAGCCUUAACGGACGCUCACUCCAACGUCUUUGUCUUAAGAAAAAUGGUGGAGGAGGUGUUCAGCGUGCUUUACAGUGAGGCUGUUGGGAAAAGCAGCCUGCUCCCUGUGCCUUAUGAUCUGAUCUCGAAGGACCCCAGCUCAGUGGUUGUCCAUGGUUUGCCUGAAGGAAUCACGCUACGGAAACCUGCUGAGUACGACACCAAGACCUUAAUGAAAAUACUGGAGCAAAGCAACCGUAUCCGUUUUACACUCAAAAGAACGAUAGAGGAGGUUGCGCGAGAUCCCAAAUCCAGCGCCGAUAUCAACCAUCAUAAUGCGGGCACCAAGAAUGUCGCCGGCCAUUCUGCCACCAAGCCCUCUGGACAGGACGUCUCCGUCAGCAACUCUAUGCUGUCCAGUUUUGUUUACGGGAUGCCCGUGUCCUCCCAGCCUCACCCCGAGAGCAAGGAAAUCAAACCCAUCUCCCUUCACAACCUUGGAAAAGAGUGCCUUGGCAUGUGGAUGUCUGCGCACGACAAAGCAACGCCUGCCAAGGACUGUGCUGACAAUGGUGAUCAGAUUGGCAUAGCUGGAGACCUUGGUCAGUGCCCACCGAGUAUUCACAUCUCCAAGCGUCUUUUGUUCUCCAUUGUGCAUGAAAAAUCAGAAAAAUGGGACUCAUUUAUAAGAGAGACUGAGGACAUAAACACACUACGGGAAUGUGUCCAGAUUCUCUUCAACAGUCGUUAUGCCGAGGCAUUAGGUUUGGAUCACAUGGUUCCUGUUCCAUACCGGAAGAUUGCUUGUGAUCCCGAGGCGGUGGAGAUCAUUGGCAUUCCGGACAAGAUUCCCUUCAAAAGACCCUGCACCUAUGGGGUGCCCAAGCUCAAGCGCAUCCUGGAGGAGCGGCACAGAGUGCGCUUUGUUGUCAAACGAAUGUUUGAUGAAAGGAUUUUUACAGCUGCUGGCAAGGUCUCGAAAGAGGAAGGGAAGCCGGACAUCGGAUGCGUUCUGGACGACGGCUUCUCGGAGAACCUGAGAGUGCCCCCUACUGCCCUAGAGUUGCCCGGCAACGCCCCGAGCAGCAGACCCACAAGCUCCUGUGUGAGUCCCUUGGCAGACUGCGAAGCAGGACCUUCAGGUGACUGCGUCCCCUUGAAGAAGAUAAAGACUGAGCCACCAGAUGGGGAUAUAAUUCAGGUUACAGUACCAGAAACCACUCCGUCUGCGGAGGAGCCGAGUGAGCCUCCGGCUGACCCGGUGACCCCUGACCUGCGCUGCCCUCCGGAGCCUCACGCAGGCGAAGCAUUAUCCCAGAAAUCACCUGGCGAAGCACUUAAAAGGGUAGUUGAAGAAGACCUCGGUGAAAUGAUCCUUCAACUUCGAAAGCAAGUGGAGAAUCUCUUCAGCUCAAAAUACACUGAGGCUCUUGGCCUACCUGAGAUCACUAAAGUGCCCUACUCCAAGUUUCAGCUGUAUCCAGAUGACUUGUAUGUCACAGGGCUGCCGGAUGGAAUGGCUUUCCGAAGGCCAAAUUGUUUUGGAGCAGCAAAACUUAAAAAGAUACUGGCAGCAGGGAGCCAAAUCCAGUUUGUCAUCAAAAGACCAGAUUUGUUAACUGACCCAGUUAAGCAUGAGCCCCCGAGUCAACCACCAUGUGAGAAAGGUCCAGUUCCUGACUGCCAAGAUAAUGUGACAGAAGACCUGGGACCAGCCAAUAAGAGGCCUGCAUUUACUGACAGCUUAGAGGCAAAGCUGUCUCGGAUCGACUUGGCCAACACCCUAAGAGAACAAGUCCAGGACCUCUUCAACAGAAAGUAUGGCGAGGCGCUGGGCAUUAAGUACCCUGUCCAAGUGCCUUAUAAGAGGAUCAAGAGUAACCCCGGGUCCGUCAUUAUCGAGGGCCUCCCACCUGGCAUUCCAUUCCGCAAACCCUGCACCUUUGGGUCCCAGAAUCUUGAGAGGAUUCUGGCCGUAGCUGAUAAGAUUAGAUUCACCAUCACCAGGCCUUUCCAGGGAUUAAUCCCCAAACCAGCUCCACGGAGGAUAACUUUAUUGAAGAAAGCAUAUGCCUCAAUAAGUGAUGAUGAGGAGGUUAACCGCAUGGGCGAGAAGGUGAUCCUACGAGAACAAGUGAAGGAACUCUUCAACAAGAAAUAUGGUGAAGCUCUAGGUUUGGAUCGGUCUGUGCUCGUACCAUACAAACUCAUCAGGGCCAGUCCAGACUCCGUGGAGGUGUCCGGUCUCCCAGACGACAUCCCCUUCAGGAACCCUAACACCUAUGACAUCAUCCGCUUAGAGAAGAUUCUACAAGCAAGGGAAGAAAUCAGCAUUACAAUCAAAAGCCAGCUCCAGCCAUUUGCAGAAAUUUGUACGCAAACUGGUAAUACAGAAGGGAAAGAAGUAUCCACCAAUCGACGGAAGCGCAAAAGAGUGUUGGAUAACAGCCGUGUGUCUGUUCCUUCAGGAGGGGGAUCCACAGCAUCAGCCAAUCAGAUACCUGUGAUGCAAUGGCCUAUGUACAUGGUGGAUUACAGUGGUGUGAAUGUACAAGUCCCAGGAAAAGUGAAGUACUGACGAUGGACCUUUUUGAUAAUCACAACAAUAAACAUAACUCCCAAUAUCAGCUUUACUAGAGUGCUGUGGCUUAUGAAAAAGUACAUUUUGCCCGUAUUGAGUGUUUUAAAAGCUGGCAAUCAUUGGUGGCAUUUGUAUGACGUCAGAAAGGAAUAUUACAUGAAGUUGCACAGUGGUUUGCAGGACAAAUGCUUGUUUUCUUGUGUUUUACUUGUCAGAAGGUUUCUGUGUGCUUCACUAAUUGCAAAGGGAUUUUGUUAGACGAUACAGCUGUUAAACAGAUAUGUAUAGAUCAAUCCAUAAGGGAUAGAGAUGUGGUCUCUGUCAAAUCAUGGAGCUGUUUUUUUCUGAAAAAUUCCCCAAUGUUAUUACUAAUCUAUCACGUUCCCAUGCAGUGCUAAUACGUUUAAUAUUGUUAUGGUAGGGAUGUUUUUCUACCCUCACACUAAGUCACAGGUAAUUGUGGACAAAUCCUUUAUUGGUGCUAAAAGAUAUUCACAUUAUUGACAGUCCAGUCUCACAGCAGUCAGAUAUUGGUGAUAUUAUUUAUUUAUUUAUUUGCAACUGAUGCUUAUACACAGGGAAUGUAAAACAACACAUUCAGUAUAACAGUACUUGGUGAAAUGACUGAAAAUAUUACAACAUUAGCUACUAUAUGUAUAUUCGCCAAGAUCAUUUUUAAUUCGGGUGUGCAGAUGCCCACUGUGGAUUAUUCCAAGGUGAUAACACUAUUCACAGUAACAUGUUGAGGUUUUUAAUUAAAAUGUUCAUAGAACAUCAAAGCAAAAUGCAGUUAAAGUGUUUCAUUAUAUAAAAAAAGUAAAUAUGAAUGUAAUGUAAUGUAAAGGAAGGAGUGGCAUAUGUUAAUCCCCUAACAACUGUCUCUCUGGACUCACCAGUAUUUAUAUGCUGUACCUUAAUGCCAUUUAGGCCUUUGAAAUAAAAUGUGUUGCCUUGCAUUUUA